AUGGGCUCUGGUUCUCCGUGCAUUGGGCUUGUUUACUGGAGCGGCCCAUACUUCACCAUAGAUACAUUGGGCUGGCCCACCCGUCACAGACGCGACACCCCACCCACCGGCUUCUCUAUCGCCUUUGUGACGGGGAUCCCUGGUGAAACCCCGACCCACCGCUUCUCUCUGUCUCUGUCUCUCUCUCGAUUUCUCGAGAUGUUUGACCAAAACAGCGCAGCAGGAAUGGAGGAAGCGGGUGCUGAUUGUGGUAGUGAUGUUGAUUUGGAAGAAAAGAUUGAGAAGAUCCUUGUUGCUGAUGACGAGGAAAGACUGAUCACAUUGUUGACAAGCCCGCCUCUAUUAAUUGAUGGCACACCUCAAUAUUGCCGGGACCAUCUUUUGGAGAGUCUCUGCAUGAAUGAUGCCGUAAAAUGUGCCACUGCGUUGAUGGAAGGAAAACUGGGCGGCAUAAGACUGGAUUUGGAUGGGGAUCACCUCUUGCAUCGUGCGGCUAGAUUUUGUUCAUCGAGACUGGUCCAGUUAUUUCUUCAACAUAAAGCUCGAAGUGAUACCAGAUAUUCUGAUUAUAGAUAUGAUCAUGGCAAAGAUCUGAGGAAUGGGUUGCGCCCACUCGAUAUAGCGUUUAACUUUGCAAGAAGUCAGUACCCCUCUCUGGAGUUGUAUCCGUUUGGAGGGCAAUCUACUUUUGAAAUGAUACUAUAUCUUUGCCAACUCAGAGUGGGAAACGUUGGGGACACUAUUAAGUUUCUUGCGUGUUCAUCCAAGGACGUUGCAAAGGAAGCUUACCAGUAUGCAAGUAAAGGAAAGCUCAUUGAGUUGGUUCUCUUGCUGAUUGUGGCUCGCGAAAAGAUUUUGGUCCCUAUCAAUUUGAACGUCAAAGGUGGUGUUGGUUCAAGUGGAAGAACCACCAUCCUGCAUUGGUUACAGUUUCAAAUCCUAAUACUAACUCAUGAGGAGAAAUUAAUGGGAGACUGUAAAAAUGGCAAGUUAACUAAGAUUUGCAGGAAGAAGAUGGUUAUGAGGUCAGCUGCACUAUUGCUUGAAGUUUUUGAGAGGGCUGGUCAUGCUAUUGAGGAAAUUAUUCAGUACCUGUCACGGUCACCUUGCGCGAGAAGUGAAGAAGUGGGGAAACAUGCUAUUUUCUGGCUUAAGGAAGCAGGAUUUAAAUUCAAGAAUGGGGACUUUGAUUUUAGCACUAUGGACUGGUUUGGCAUUGCGCUUACUGAUUCCUUAAGGACCAAGAACAGGACCCCUACCAUGGAUGCUACAUCAGCAGAGACGAAUUCCAGUCCUCGCCUGCCUUUGCCACAGCGAAAAAUUCCAGCUUUGCCCCUUUGGGAUGUUAGUCCUUGGUCCUCUGCCCAGACUUCCCCCUUUCACCAAACCCGUGGUUUAUCCUCUAUGGACAAGUCACAUUACACAAAUUAUAUCCCAAAAUCAAUCUCUCGUUCUCAUUAUUCUGCAAGUUUGGAUGUUCAAGCAAAGAAGCAAACUGAACCCAUAGAGCAGAAUGUUCCCCAAUGCCUGUCCAAGGUGAAGCUUGCACGUUUUGCAAGGUUGCUCAGGAGGGGGAUGAAAAUUGCUUGAUUCAUGUACGAGCUCUUGGGAGAUCUCACUUGUUAGUUUUGUUGCUUGCGGAGUUCGUCUUGGUUGAACGUGGAAGAUUUCCUGGUUAAGUGUAAAGGCUUUUAUGUUCAUGUGUUAUGUAUGCAUCUGUCCAGGUGCUUGUGAACUUAUAACGAUGGCAUCGCGCUCUUUGACCAACGAUGCACAUUCUGAUCAGUAUUUUGGUAUUGCUCUUGUAAGGCUUUGACUUAUGAUUUGAUGGAAUGUAUGUAUCUGUGCUUGUGAACUUAUCUUGACACUACGCUCUUUGACAAACCAUGCACUUUCUAAUGUAGGAGUAAUUCAUAA